UAUUGUCUAAACUUCCUCAUACAUUUUAACCACAUAUUGUGUUCUUACUGACGGUGAGCAUCUAUAUCAGUUUUCAGGCUCACACUGACAGCAUCCCAUUACUCAUCACCACCAGGAAAAAUGGCAGAUAAUAACUAUGCAUUUAACAUACAUGGAGCAGAGGAACAAAUGUGUUCUGGAUACCUUUACAAAUCUCCCCCAGAAAAUCAGUUCAAGUCCCAGAAAUCAUGGAAACGGAGGUUUUUUGUUCUUCUGAAGUACAGUGACAACAAAUGCCAACUUAAGUACUAUAAGAAUGAAGAGAAGAACAAACCACUAGGAGACAUUGACUUGUCCAAUGUCACAUACAUGUUCUUGUACCCCGAGAUGCAUGCAAUGUGGAAAUGGAUUCAUAACAAUUUCAGAUGUUCUUCUUCAUGUGUAAUGUUUAUUAGAGUACCAGAGAGAGAGUACUUCCUUAUAGGAGAAAACAGUUGGGAGAUGGACAAAUGGUUUACUGCUUUAUAUGACAUCUUAAAUAAUCGUCCACACAGACUGCUGGAUCGCAAGACAUUUGGGUCAAAGAGACAGAUCAGUGAACCUCCGCGAUCAGAAAAUGACAAUAAGCAGAAAACUGAGUGGGGUCAAACAAAACCUGUGCAUGAGCUAACAUCAUCUGUGACCCAUGAACCCAUCUAUGUGUCUCCAAUGAAAUUCAUUAAGACUGAACAAACAGAAAUUAAUCAUGAAAAUGAUGACACUGAUGAUCUGUCAGAAAACAACAUUAGGAUGUCCACUAACAAAAAGAAACCAGCAGCAACUUCAACAUUUUACAAUGAACCAGUGAUGGUGGAGGAACUGUACACUGGAUAUCUGCUCAAGUCCCCGGCUCAAUCAGCCCUGUCCAAAAACACGAAAUCAUGGAAGCGUCGUUUCUUUGUGCUCUCCAAGACCACUGAAGACUCCUACCAGCUGACAUACCAUGUAAACAACGAAAGAAAAGAGAUUGACCUUUCUAAGAUCAGCCUGCUGUUCACUGGCCCUGAGACACAUCAGAAGUGGGACUGGAUCCAGAAAAACUUCAAGUGCUCUCCAUCCUCUGUGCUGUUCUUGAAGGUGGAAGACGAUGCACCAAAACACUCGAGAGAAUAUUUCCUCAUUGGAGAAAACAGUGCUGAUGUGGAGGGUUGGCUCAGUGCCUUAGUCAAGGUAAUAAAGACCCAGAAAUCACAAUAUGCCCUUCAGGAAAACAGAUUUCGAUCAGCAUCUGAACCUGUUCAGAAUCCAGAAGAAAAAGCUGAGGAUGAGUCUGAUGACAGACGGUCAGCGCCUGAAUUGAUGCUAACUUACCCGUCACCAUACAGCCAUUAUGACUAUCCUCGCAAGCUCAGUGAACCUCCACUACCAGUAGAGCUAAAGCAGACUCCAGUUACUGAGAAUGAAAAUGAGGAAGACGAGAUGCAGGACAAUUCUGCAGAGGACAAUGAAUACAUGUCCAUGGCAUCAUUGCAAAGUGCUUUGGAAGAAGACCAACAGGAGACAGACAAUACAUGCAUGCAGAAAAAUCACAAGUCCUCUGUGUGCAGUGGUGCAAUCGAUCAGGAUGAGGAUGAUGACUGUAAUUGGAAAAUGCACGUACAUGUUGAGAAGGAGAUCUGCGUUAGUCAAAAUGAUCUAAAAAAUAGUCUCAUAUUGACUCAGGCAGAAGGCAAACCAUGUGUCUCUGACUGUCGGAUGCUUCAGGACUCGUGUCUCUUUCAUAAGGGGGAUCAGAUCCUUGCCUUCAAUGACCUGCUUAUAGACACAGUAGAAGAGAUUCAGACAUAUGUAAGAAGACUAAGCAAGGAUGAGGUAAAACUCACUAUUCGGCGGCUCAUAGGAUCUCAGCCUCUGCACAGCGAACCCUGCCUUUCAUAAUGAAGACAAAUCUCAUGUGAAUUCAUCAACAUCAAGAUUGUAAAUAUGUAUGAAAAGCUCAUUUAUUUGAGUUUAAUCAUACAGACGGAAAACAAGGUGUAAACGGAAAAAUAAAAGAGCCAGUCAGGUUAUCCUCUUUUGACUGUAUGUUAAUCAUGUAAUAUGUAAAAGAGGGUAAAUGUUAAAUUCAUUGACCUUAAAAUGUCACUGAGUAAAAAGAUACGUAUUUACAUGAAACUAUAAAUGGUCGUGGGAAUAUUAGUUCACAUCUGUGAAACACAAGAGUCACAUUUUACUUUAUAAUAAGUAUGAAGGUUUAUUCAUAUUGAAAAAUGCAGUUUUGAAUGGCUCAUGGUAUUUCAACCUCUUUAAAGAUGCACUUUUUUACUAUCCUAACAGUAUGAGGUACUUUAUAUACUGUGUAUAUACAAGGUUUCUGUCGUGUAUUUUGUUUUGCAAAGCAUUUAACCAAUGAUGUAUUGCUCCUAGUCAUUAUGCAUUGAUUCAAAUGUUUUAGUUGCUCUUUAGAUAGCCUACAUAAUGGAUAUAUAUGUAUUAUGCUGUAGAUAAGCAUGUAUCUGCACAUUGUUCCAAUGUGGAGCAUUAUUAAACUUUUGAAACUUU